ACAUAGUUAUUCCUGUCCUUUUCCCCCACCGAUACAAUACAAGGCCAAUAUAGAAAGUCACCAUUUUCCUACUUUCCCCUUUUCCAUUUCCUCUCAAAAAACAAAUUAAACUUCUCUUCAUUUUCCCAACCUAUACAUACAUACACAACACACAAUUUAUAUAUAUAGAAAUAUAUAUAUAUAUAUAUAUAUAUAUACACAGAGAGAGAGGGGGGUGGGUACAGUAAGGGGAGAGAAAUGGCAUCGGAGGAUGAAUUGAUGAUGAUGCACGACGCCGCCACCGACGACGGUGAAUCCUUCGACGAUGACUUUUACAGCGGCGGCGAUGCUCAUGAUGAUGACGAUGAUUCCGACGAUGAUGAUGUCAUGGAUUAUGAUUUCAUCGAUAAUGAUUCUGAUGAUUCCGAUAACCUUAUCGCUCAUCAUCGUUCUCAGUCAAAUUAUAGUAUUUUGAAUGAAGCCGAUAUUCACAAAUGCCAAGAGGAAAGUAUUACAAAGGUAUCUACAGUGCUCUCCAUUUCAAGGGUAGCUGCUGGCAUCCUGCUUCGCCAUUAUAACUGGAGUGUCAGCAAAGUGAAUGAUGAAUGGUUUGCAGAUGAAGGAAAGGUCCGCAGGAUUGUUGGUUUGUUAGAGAAUCCUCUGCCGCUCCCUGAUGGGGUAGAGCUUACAUGUGGGAUCUGCUUUGACGUUUAUCCUCGUAAUGAGAUCAGUGCCGCUGCUUGUGGUCAUCCUUUUUGUCUCACAUGCUGGCAAGGGUAUAUUAGCACGGCCAUCACUGAUGGUCCUGGAUGCUUGAUGUUGCGCUGUCCUGAUCCAUCUUGUAGUGCUGCUAUCGGUCUAGAUAUGAUAAAAAAAUUGGCAAAUAAUGAAGACAAAAAGAAGUAUAACCGCUACUUUAUCAGGUCGUUUGUGGAGGACAACAGAAAGACAAAAUGGUGUCCUGCUCCUGGAUGUGAUUAUGCAGUUGACUAUAUAGUUGGCAGUGGUAGCUAUGACGUUACUUGCGGGUGCUCAUAUAGUUUCUGCUGGAAUUGUACUGAGGAAACUCAUCGCCCAGUUGAUUGUGGGACUGUGUCCAAGUGGAUCUUGAAGAACAGUGCAGAGUCUGAAAACAUGAACUGGAUAUUGGCUAAUUCUAAGCCUUGUCCAAAAUGCAAGCGGCCAAUUGAGAAAAAUCAGGGGUGCAUGCAUAUUACAUGCACACCACCCUGUAAAUUUGAGUUUUGCUGGCUCUGCCUCGGCCCUUGGACAGAUCAUGGUGAGAGAACUGGUGGCUUUUAUGCGUGCAACCGUUACGAGGCAGCAAAACAAGAGGGAGUGUUUGAUGAAUCUGAAAAGAGGAGAGAGAUGGCAAAAAAUUCCUUAGAAAGAUAUACACAUUACUAUGAACGAUGGGCCACCAACCAGUCGUCGCGGCAAAAGGCACUUUCAGAUCUUCAGCAAAUGCAAACAGUAAAUCUUGAGAAGCUGAGUGACAAACAGUGCCAACCCGAAUCACAGCUCAAAUUUAUUACAGAGGCCUGGUUGCAGAUAGUUGAAUGUAGGCGUGUGCUAAAAUGGACAUAUGCAUAUGGUUAUUACUUACCGGAGCAUGAACAUGCCAAAAGGCAGUUCUUUGAGUAUUUACAAGGUGAGGCUGAGUCUGGACUUGAACGACUUCAUCAGUGUGCAGAGAAGGAACUCCAGGGGUACCUUGAUGCAGAAAGUCCAUCAAAAGAAUUCAAUGAGUUCCGAACAAAGCUUGCAGGGCUUACAAGUGUAACUAGAAACUACUUUGAGAACCUGGUCCGAGCUUUAGAGAAUGGUCUCUCUGAUGUGGAUGCUCAUGGUGCUUACAGCAGGGCAGCUAGCUCGAAAAGCCUGGGAGGUGGGAACAUCAAAGGGAAGGGCGGUAGAGGAAAGGGAACCACAUCAAGAUCAAGCAGUUCUAGAAACAUAGAUGAUUCAGGACAUUGGUCUUGUGAGUAUUGUACAUAUGCCAACGUUAGGUCUGCUACCGUGUGCCAGAUGUGCCAGCAGCGUCGUUGAAGCCAUUUUUGGAGUUGCCACUUCAGAUUGGGAGAAUCCUCAUUAUCUACUGAUUGCUGUGACUGAGGUCCAGCUACGGACGUAUUUUCUAAGUCGCGUAAAUGCUUGGAACAAAUCGGAACCUAACAGUCAGUAAAGUAUGAUGGAGAUGAUGAGUUUAAUGGAACAUGAGUUGGAAAGCCAAUCAUACCUAUGGAAGAUGAAUGUGUAUAGAAUGUUUGUUGUCUGUCAUCUUUGUAAACUUUAUCUGACUUGUGCCACAGAAAUGUUAUUUUCAAAUGUUCAACUCCCUGAUUAUACAAAACUAGUGUUAUUAACUGUUAGUAUAGUAUAAAAAAAUAAUUUCAACC